UAAAAGCGCCAUUUCCUGGAUUUUCAAAGCGAUGAAGCUCUCGAUUUAUGGAUGAUUUUUCGCAUACUGUUUGUGACAGAUGACAGUUUUUCGUCACAACAUUUGCAAAGGUUUAGAAAAGUAUUGUGAACAUUUUCACUAUGAUUGAAAGUGUGCAAGCACGUCAGCGAGGGGCGUACGACUUUGAGGGUCACUAUGACAACCUGUGUGCCAUGCAGGAUUCCUGCCCCCUCCCCGCUGUCAAGGCCCAUCUGGGUCAGGGAGUGCUUGACCUCAAUGGGGACAGAGUCAGAGCCAAUGACUGGCAGCCAGUCCUCAACACCCUCCGGAUUAACAAGAACCUCGAGUUUAUAGCCUUCCGCAGCUACUACCAGCCUCCCUCCGAGGACAAUGAGAAGAAAGCGAUGAUAGAGAAGAGGAAGAUGCCGGCCGUUCGGUCCAAAGAGAUAACGUACCGGUUGUGUAAAGCUCUGAAAGAAUGUCUGGUCAACACUCCAACGCUGUCCUGUCUGGAACUACAGGGUCUGCCGCUCCGGGAACGGGAUCUCACCACACUGAUGAAGGGCCUGGUUAAGAACACUACACUGAAUCACCUCUCAUUGGAGUAUUGCCGCAUUGGGGACACUGGUCUAGAAAUUGUGUGUAAGGGUAUUAAGAAUUCCACAACCAUCAAUUCUGUCAACUUCACUGGCUGUAGUCUGACGGGACGCGGGUCCGAGUCUCUGGCCAAGGUCAUCAAGCACCAAGCUAUGAAGCGCCACAACGAGGCUUGGCGAGACAGUCUACGCUACAGACGACCUGACCUUGACCGCAUGCCAGGUAUCCGUCGCAUCACCAUCAACAACAACCCUAUGUUAGGGGACCAGGGCACCAGUCUACUGGCCGAGGCUCUCAAGGAUGACCUCUGGCUCAAGGCGCUGGAUCUCCAAGGGUGUGGUAUCUCUACGACAGGGGCGAAGGCGUUACUCGACGUACUUAAAUACAACACGACAGUGGUCGUACUGGACGUCCGACGUAACCCUCUUAUAGAUCGUGAUGUGGUACACUCAAUCAUGGAACAGCUGAUGAUCAACUGUAACGGCCAGGAUACUGAGUACAAAUGGAUCAAAGCAGACGAUCCCUUGGAAGGAGGAAAAUUCAAGUCGUCGAAAAAACGUCGAACAAAGACCUUAAACUCCAGCUUUGGCCGUAAAGCCACCAUCAGGAUUUCUGCAGGAGUGGCACGGCGACGUACUAAGUCGGCCGGAGCAGUGGGUGUGGCCAGACGUCUUCAGCUUAACAAUGACGGCGCCAAAUCAGGCAUGCCGUGGAGGACUGCGGCCAGGGCCAACAGAUACAGAGGAUUUCCCCCAGAGCACAUCCCCGGCAAGGCAAGUCUGUUUGAAAAUAGCGAAGUGUCGCCCAAUACAUCUCCAGACCAUUCUGCCUCACUUCUCAUCACCCAUGACGACCUGGAGGACGAGGACACUCUGAGGGAGCUUGAGAAGGUUGUCCUGGACGACAGUGCCCUCUCCACAGGUAUCAACAGUGCCAAGGAGCUACAGAUAGAGCUGAUACAGAUGAAGAGACAGCUACAGCAGGAAAGAUUGGCCAGGGCAAAGUGUGACAAGAAAAUUAUUGAGCUGUCCAUAGAGAACCGACGCCUACAGGAUGACUACGACCGUUUGAGAAGGAGUCACUUCGGAGGCGGGGCACCAGGGGGCAAUAUCCUGGACGAUGACAGUACAUUGGAGAGUAUAGAGGGCGCCUUCAAACAGUUCCACCACUUCCUCGACCUCCUCAAGGACGCAGGCCUUGGGGAGUUGAUCACAAUGGCGGGACUGGACCACAAAGAAUCGCCAUUUGUCAGCGCUAGUCAACUCCCUGUCACAAAGGGACAAAGUUAUAGUCAACAACCCAAGUCAUCCACUCCCUACAACAGCGGGACUGCCAGCCGCAUCCCACCACACCCCGCUAAACCCAUGAAAAAGACCAACGGUUUCCUCGGCGACAUCACAUCCAGCAAUAAAGUGGCAACAUCUGGAUUCUCCGGCGGAACGUUCAGUGUCCAAGCGGCCAGCGAUCCCACAAUGAAACGACAUUUUGAGGGCACGUAUGACACUGCUGAGCAGGCAAAACGUGACGAGUUAUAUGAGAGAAUAUUACAGGAGACUUCAAACGCAUUCCACCAUAAUCGUACUGGCGGAAAGCCCCAAGGGGAGGCAAUGCAUGCUGAAAACAAAAAUAAACAAGACACUGACGACAAGGCAAAAGAAUGGAGUAAGAAAUUAGGCGAGGAAAUAGUGUUUGACGCCAGCGAGGUGGACGAUUCCCCUAAAGUUAGUCGCCCUGUGCCCCUCCCGAGGGGCAGGUCUAGUGAGGAGGAGGGGGUUAGUGUACAAAAUGGUAAACCUACAGACAGUGGUAAACCUGCUGAUACAGCAGGUCCUGGUCCAAGGGACGGGUCACGCAUGAGUGACUACAACUACAGUAUGGACAGCUUCGAACAGUCGUAUCUCAGCGAGCGAGGAGAGGUGGUGCGAUUCGACGGAGACUUCGACACUUAUGGAAGUUCACCAUCACCACCACCCCAAAUUAUAGAAAGUGAAGAAAAUGAUUUUUAGGGCAACAAAGAUUUUUUGUUUUAAAUUUAAUUGUCCAAUAACAUACAAUAACAGAUUUUCAAGCAUUGCUAACAAAACACUUUUUUUCAUAACUUUUUUUCUUGCAAAUAUUUAGAUAGGUUUUGUUUUUUUCGAAAAAUGACCGAUAUUAUUCAACUGUAUAAAUAUUCAUAUUUCUUCCAUCAAAAAUAUUUUUCCUGCUCAAUUAAUGUAGAGAGUCCAUUCGUUCCUUAUUUUCUGUAAGGAGGAAGAGUUUCAAUUCAUUUUAUAAUUGUCUGAUUUAGAAUUGCUUACCAAUUAGCUAUAGCAGAGUUGUUUGCGUAACAAACAUCUCUGCUCUGUCCCAGGACCUCUUGAUUAGAACGUAGGGCGCUUAUCCACUGCAUUACUAGUCAUGAUAAUCGUUAUUUUGUACUUUUCUGCAACAUAACUCAGAAAAAUAUCUAAAUGUUCUAACCCCAUAAAAAGCCUGAAGCUUAAAAUUAUUUUUGAUUAUAAACAGGAAAUUACAGUUUAAAGCCAGUACACAGUAAAGUUGUUGGACUCUAUACCUGAAUUUACACCAAAUAAAAAGUAUAGUGACCUGCCCUGGGCCUAAAGACAGUUAUCUCCCCUGGCCCACUAGACAGCUAUCACCCCUGGCACACUAGACAAUUAUCUCCCCUGGCCCACAAGACAAUUAUCUCCCCUGGCCCACUAGACAAUUAUCUCCCCUAGCCCACAAGACUGUUAUCUCCCCUGGCCUACUAGACAAUUAUCUCCCCUGGCCCACUAGACAGUUACCUGCCCCAGCCCACAAGACAGUUAUCUCCCUUUGCCCAUUAGACGAUUAUCUCCCCUGGCCCGCUAGACAAUUAUCUCUCCUGGCACACUAGACAGAUUAAGUACAGCACAUUAUUAUCAAAGCUAGGUCACAAAAAAUCUCACUCAAAAUAAUCGAGAAAAUGCAUAGUUCCGUCCAAAAGUUCAUCAUUUUCUCACAGUCCGUCCAGAAUUAAUUUACACCAAUAUGUUUGUGUAUUUCUAACUGCUGGUUUUAGUGUAGUUCUUGCUUUUCUUUUUUGAAAAAUUAUUGCAUGUUUGAUCUAAAAAUUAGAAAUUUAUGUAACUCUUUUCUUCAAUAUGCUCAAACUAUGUAAAAAAAGUCACAUCAAAUGAUCUGUUUGAUAUCACCCAUUCUUGUGCCUCAAGUAAGAUUGUCAUGGGUUGUCACAAACAGGAAAACGGGAUAUGUUUCCAGGUUUUUCUUCUGGUCAGUUAUUUUUAUAAUCCUGUGGUAUCUGUGAUAAAAUUAUCAGAAUCUCAUUACCAUUCCACAUGAUAGAAAAUGUGAAUCUGAACUUUGUUUUAGAAGUCAAAUUGGAUGAGAACUCGUUUUAUUGGCCUCUAUAUACAUCACUGACUUUUGUUUCUGCUGAAAGAAAAAUCAGAUUAAGAGAUGAUUUGCUUUAAGGAUCCUUGUCACACUGUACUGUAGUUUUUACAGUACCCUUCCUUUGAUUUCAUUUAAGAUAUAUUUUUAGCACAGUUACGGCCAGGACACUUCUGUUGACCAGUCAGUCCGUUAGAGUGACAGUAUAACAACCCUUAGUUCAGGGUUCGAAUCCCAGACAAGUCCCGCUGAUUUAGUUUUUAAUCAGGCCACUGUUGUUGUUAUUAUUUUGGUUUAUCUCAUAUCUACUAUAUUUCAUGAAAGAACAUGUAAAUCUGAACUUUGUUUUAGAAGUCAAAUUGGAUGAGAACUCGUUUUACUGGCCUCUAUAUACAAAAUAAUACAUCACUGAGUUUUGGUUCUGAAAAAAACACUCGGUUUCAAAGAUGAUUUGCUUUAAGGAUCCUUGUCCCACUGUAAUUAUUUGCUUUAAGGAUCCUUGUCCCACUGUAAUUAUUUGCUUUAAGGAUCCUUGUCCCACUGUAAUUAUUUGCUUUAAGGAUCCUUGUCACACUGUACUGUAGUUUUUACAGUACCCUUCCUUUGAUUUCGUUUUAGAUGUAUUUUUAGCACAGUUACGGCCAGGACACUUCCGUUGACCAAUCAGUCCGUUAGAGCGACAGUGAAACAACCCUUAGUUCAGGGUUCGAAUCCCAGACAAGUCCGGCUGAUUUAGUUUUUAAUCAGGCCACUGUUGCUGUUAUUACUUUGGUUUAUCUCAUAUCUACUAUAUUUCAUGACAGUCCGGCAAGGUAUGGGUUUUUUUUCCCAUAAAUUAUUUAUCAAUGCUAUUGUCAGGUAGACGAAAUCAGUUUUCAGUACCUAGUCACUGUUUUUGGCAGUGGUAUGGGGAUCCGUAAGUCCAUGUAGGGCUGCUCAUUCAAAAUUUGACACGUUGAACAACCUGUUUCAGUAAUGAGAGUGAGUCUGAGAGCAUGUCAACCCUUUAACACAGCCAAGAGUUUUCAGAGCACAACAUACUUGCAAACUUUUUGAAAUUUCCACAUGGGGAGAUUCUACAUUCUCAAAAUUAAAACACAAAUAAAAUGUGUGUCUAUACCCCCUAUAGACAAAGUAACCCUUUAAAAUUAUAAAUUUUGAGUUCUUUCAGAUGAAAUCAAUAGAUCUUCAAAUAUAGGAAUAGUUUAGCAAAUUCAC